GGCAGUAACGAAUUGCUUACUGUAAGUGAUGGAGGAGAAGAAGCUUCUUGAAACUCCGAGUUAAUUGAACCAGAAUGUUUUGCGGAAAUGAUUCAGUGAUUCGAAUCGCCGCACGCGGAUCAAAACAGUGGAAAUAUGACGAGAAAACAAACGUAAAAACGUCUGGUGAAGCAGCUGAGAUCCACAUACACUAUUAUAAAGAUGGCGUUUAUUAAAGUGGAGAGUGAAGACAUGAAUAUUGAAGAAGUGUUCAGUGUCAGACAAGAAGAUACUGAGGAACAAACAAAGAUGUCGUUUAUUAAAGAGACGAGUGAAGAUGUGAAGAUCGAAGAAACAUUCAGAGUGAAACAAGAAGAUACUGAGGAACAAACAGACCUGAUGGCGCUGAAAGAAGACAGCCAAGAACAAAAUAAAAAAGGUCAAUUUGAGAAUCAUCAGGAGCUCAUAACUGGAGUAAAAUCUUUUAGUAUUGAUAAACAUGGGAAACUUAAAGUUCACAUGACAAUUCACAAUGGAGAAAAACCUUACACAUGCCUACCGUGUGGAAAGAGUUUCAAUCAAAAAGGACACUUUGAAGAACACAUGAGAAUUCACACUGGAGAGAGUCCUUUCACCUGUCAACAUUGUGGAAACAAAUUCACUCAUAAAGGAAGCCUGAACAGGCACAUGAGAAUUCACACUGGAGAAAAGCCUUUCAUCUGCCAACAGUGUGGAAAGAGUUUCAGUCAACAUGGAAACCUUGCAGACCACAUGAAAAUCCACUCUGGAGAGAAGCCUUACACCUGUGAACAGUGUGGAAAAAGUUUCAACCGAAAAGGGAAGCCUUAAUUGUCCACUUGAGAA